CGUACAUUUUCACUACUGUUGUGUUUAGUUCGAAAUGAAAUUCCUUAAAGCAUUCAUUGUUUUUGGAUUGUUUUUAUCAAUAUGUGGAACUACGUUUUCCGCAACUGUAGUAACGACUACAACGGGUAAGCCAACCACAACCACAGCCAAAUCAACAACCACAACAGUUAAAACAACAACUACUACAGCUAAACCUACUACAACUACAGCAAAACCUACAACUACAACAGCGAAACCGACAACUACUACAGCUAAACCGGUGACAACAACAGGACAACCAACGACGACGACGACGAGCACUACAGCGAAAUCUACAACGGUUAAACCAACUCCAACAACCUCAACGACUUUCCCUACAACGACUACGCCAUUUCCAUUAGAUCCAUGGCUCAAUUGGUGUUUAAUUUACGGCGUUUGUCCUUGAUCGAAAUGGGGUCUUCGUAGGAGUGAAGCAGAAGUCAAUCUACG